AUGCGAGUUUUUGGGUGGAACGAAAUACUCAACGAGUGCACCAUCCAUGAUUUGGGUUCCAUUGGUGCACGGCCCCCUUACAUUUACAAUCGUUUACAUGUCCCACGGACCGUCCCGGAACCCAGGGUGGUGGAACUCUUCGUCACUGGCCGGAUUUGCCUCUUCGGAGAGCACUCGGAUUGGGCUGGUGGCUACCGGCGCUUCAACUCGGAGGUGGCUCCGGGCUGCGCACUGGUUUGUGGCACGGACCAAGGCCUCUAUGCCCGUGCACGGAAGAUUUCAGGAGACAGCAGGAUCUUGCGCUACACCUCCUCGGACGAUCAAUGUGUGGAGCUAGACCUGGACGAUCUAAGCGGUCUUCGGCAGAUGGCCCAGUCGCCAUCGGUCUUCGCUUACAUUGCAGGUUGCGUCCUGGAGUUGGGAAAGCACUUCCGCGUGGGCGGGGCUGACAUUGUCAACUACAAGUCGGACCUUCCGAUCAAGAAGGGCCUGUCUUCAUCGGCAGCAAUUUGUGUUUUGAUUGUGCGUGCACUCAACAAGUUGUACGACUUAAAGCUCACCGUGCACGGGGAGAUGGACAUCGCUUACCGCGGGGAGAUCCAGACGCCCUCCCGCUGCGGACGGAUGGACCAAUGCGUGGCCUUUGGGCGCGCAGUCACGAAGAUGAGCUUUGACUCUGACUUGUUGUCCACAGAGUCGGUGAGGGCUGCGUCCACCAUCUACAUGGUGGUGGUGGACCUUUGUGCCAAAAAGGACACCAAAGAGAUCCUCAAGUGUUUGAACGAGGCAUACCCUUUCCCUCGCCACGAUGCAGACAAAGCAUUGCAUGCGUUGCUUGGAGAGAUGAACCAACAAGUAUGCGAGGAAGCUCAAGAAAUUCUUGGCGAGCGAGAUGAACGCUGCGCUGCCGAGCGCCUUGGCCAGGCCAUGAGCAAGGCCCAGGCCCGCUGGGAUCAGAUUGCUGUACCACUUUGCCCUCAUGAAUUGAAGGCUCCGUCCUUACACCGCCUCUUAGAACAUCCGCAGCUCCAAGCGCACAUCACCGGUGGCAAAGGUGUUGGAUCGCAGGGCGAUGGCAGUGCGCAGCUGGUGUGCAAGUCCGCCGCCGACCAGGAAGAGGCUGUGAAGAUCGUGAAGUCCUUGAACAUGGAGCCCCUGAAGCUCACCAUCCCAAAGCAAAAGGCGGUGCGAACCGCCAUUGUGCCUAUUGCAGGUGCUUGCAGUGGCAUGUGGCCUGCAACAAAGUGUGUGGGACCCUGGCUCUUCCCGGUGAGAAAGCAGCGCAUGGUGAAGCCAGCCAUCGCAUGGCUCUGCGAAGAACUGGUUGAAGCAGGUCUUGAAAGAAUUCUCCUAGUGGUGAACCAAACCACUGAAAUGGAGAUGACAAGACUCUUCAAACAGCGAGAGGAGGUGGCCGUGCUGGAUUCGGCCUCACAGCACGUGGAUGGCUAUGAUGAGGUGCUCCUCGCCAUAGGCGAGAAGAUUACUUUUGUGCGCCAAGAGAAGCCGUCAAGCAUCCGGGAUGCCUUGCUGCUUUGUGAGCGUGAGGUUGAAGGGGAGGCCUUCCUCUUAGCCUGGGGUGACCAUUUCUGUCGGUCCACCUCUCAGGACCUGAUGGACGGACGGGAUUGGAUAGCCGUCGACAUCGUCAGGGGUCGCACCAGACGCUUCAAACGAUGGGGGGGACCAGCACAGCGGAUCAUUGAUGAUCAUGGGGCUGUACAUAGGGGUUACAGGCUUUGA